AUGCCGAGGGCGUCCAAGAAGAAGCAGCGGUCGGCGUGGGGCUCCCUCCUGGGCAGCUGCCUGGGCGGGGGCGGCGGGAAGACGGGGAAGCAGGUCCGCCCCGGCCCUGGCCCGAGGAAGCGCGAGUCGUCGGCGGCAGCGGGGGCCGGGCAGCGGCUGUCGUUCACGGACGUGAUGAGCGCGGCGUCGGAGCAGGAGCUGUCGGUGUCGCUGGUGGGCUCGAACCUCCACGUGUUCACGGUGGCGGAGCUCAAGGCGGCGACGCAGGGUUUCCUGGACGACAACUUCCUGGGCGAGGGCGGGUUCGGCCCCGUCUACAAGGGCGCCGUCGACGACAAGGUCAAGCCGGGGCUCAAGGCGCAGCCCAUCGCCGUCAAGCUCUGGGACCCCCAGGGCGCCCAGGGCCAUAAGGAGUGGCUGUCGGAGGUGAUCUUCCUUGGGCAGCUCCGGCACACGAACCUCGUGAAGCUCAUCGGCUACUGCUGCGAGGACGAGAACCGGCUGCUCGUCUACGAGUACAUGGCCAAAGGCAGCCUCGAGAACCAUCUCUUCAAAAAGUUUCCUCCUGUUCUGUCGUGGUCAACCCGGCUGAACAUCGCGGUGGGCGCCGCCAAGGGCCUCGCCUUCCUUCAUGACGCAGAGAAGCCCGUCAUAUAUCGCGACUUCAAGGCAUCCAACAUCUUACUCGAUCCGGACUACAAGGCGAAGCUAUCUGAUUUUGGCCUUGCGAAGGAUGGACCGGAAGGCGACGAGACCCAUGUCUCGACACGUGUCAUGGGCACCCAUGGCUACGCCGCACCAGAGUACAUCCUAACUGGUCACCUCACAGCGAAAAGCGAUGUUUACAGCUUUGGUGUCGUUCUUCUGGAGAUCCUCACUGGAAGACGAGCCGUGGACAAGACCCGGCCUAGUAGGGAGCACCAUCUAGUCCAGCACAUGCGGUCGUGGCUCAAAGACCCUGAAAAGCUAGGAAAAAUCAUGGACCCUGCGUUGGAGGGUAAGUAUGCCACCACGGCAGCUCAUAAGGCAGCCCUAGUGGCAUACCAGUGCCUGAGUGGCAGCCCAAAGAGCAGGCCGGACAUGUCGAAGGUCGUGGAAGACCUAGAACUGCUACUCAACCUCGUGGAUGAUGUUCCCGGUGAGCCGGUGAUGCAUGUAGCUUCACAAGAUGACACUAGGAAGGAAAGAACAAGAAGAAGAAAUGGAGAGAGGGAGAGCAGUAACGAGGGUCACCGAAAUAAAGCCAAGCCUCCGAAGAAGACCGUUAGAGGGAGGGGGAACCAAAGCGAGGAGCUUUGGGAGUGGAACACGCCCAGAGAAGGGAAGAUCUAG